AUGAAACAUCUUCAUUAUGUUCAUCAAACGCCCUAUUCUUUUGUAUUAGCCGAUGGAAUGGCGCCGUUCUAUGUACUGGGAUUAGUCGAAUUAUCAAUUCAAUUUGCUGAUUCAAUAACAACAAUUCAAGCUCAUAUUGCCCGAAAUUUAUGUGCAGAUAUGAUUCUUGAUGAAUGGAAUAAAACUCAUCCACAUACCAAUGAAUGCUUAAAUUAUAAUCAUUCAACACAAGACAAUGAUGAUUCUGAUGAUCUCCUUAUCUGUCUUGUUAAUACUGACGAUCUUCUUGAUGAUUCUAUUUCAACUAAUCGUACCGAUAAUAUUAAUACUUGUAUUUGUCCGGAUUCACAUCGACCAUAUAAAGCUAAAAAUGAACUAUGGUCUUUACAAAAAGCUAUUAAACUAACAUUGGAUCAAGCAUUAGAUAAAGCUAUGACUUUAAAUUUAUGGUCAUGCGGACUUGAUCAACAUCUACACACGUGGAAUACCGAUUGGGAUAAAUCUACUCGAGAAUCGUUAAUCUCUUACGCCAUUAACGAUCUCUUUGCACCAACACAAUUAUAUUUUCAUCUCAAUCCAACAAUUCUUACCACUCAAACAUCUAAUACUUCAUCUCAUCUUCAUUCAAUCAUGCAUCAUCCAGUCAUUACUACACCAUUAUUUCUCAUCUUAUCGGAUAGUCAUGGUAAACAUCUUCAAUCUACGAUUAUCACGUCAAAUUAUCGUAUUAUUACUCGAUCUAUUUCUGGUCUUCAAUGGAUAAAUAAAUAUGAUCCUAAUUUAUGUACUCGUUCACUCAUCUUAUCUUCAUCUAUAACUUCCAUCUUAUCGGAUGCUACUGGUGUGUUAUGUAUUAUUGGCACCAAUUCCGUUCGUACAACACAUACCUCCGAUAUUAUUCCACAGAUUGAAGAUAUUGUUAAUCUUAUUCGUGUUCAUAAUCCUCAUCUGACCCACAAACAUGGUAUUACCAUUGUCGAAACAUUUCCAUGUUUUAAAGUGUCAAACACUUUUCCAUCAAUUACAUCGUUAUCAAAUAACAUCGCUAUUUAUAACAAAGAAUUACAACUAUUAUCUGAACGUAUGAAAUUUUCGUGUAUUAAUUUUCAUAUUACGUAUGACCAUUUACAUCACGAUCAAAUGCAUUUACACCACCAACAUCAAGAUUUUCUUCAUGAUACGAUCAUGAAUUAUUUCCAUAUGUUAAUCGAAAAGAAAUUAAUAAUCAGUCAAAAUCAACGUCGAUCUCGUCCAGCUCUUACGAGAAGGAACAAGAAAAGACACGAAAAAUUACGAACAAAACAACAACAUCAUACACUUAUUCGAUCGAUCAGUCCUUUAUGGAAAUUACAUGAUAUUAAGCAAUAUUUAUCAUACUAUAACAUACAAUAUGCUCGACUACCUGAAAUUUAUAAACAUCGACUCCGUAUUCAG